AGGUGUUUUCUAUUCACAGCUGUGUGAGUGUGUGGCUCCUCUGCUCUGCGCAUGCGCAGAAAGUAACUCGACCCUCAAACCCGGAUGUAACCAACGCCUAAACCUGUCCGAAGAAAAAACGAUGCAGACUAUAAAAUGUGUAGUGGUAGGGGACGGAGCCGUAGGAAAGACCUGCUUACUGAUCUCCUACACAACCAACAAGUUCCCCUCAGAAUAUGUGCCUACGGUUUUUGACAAUUAUGCAGUGACAGUGAUGAUUGGGGGGGAGCCCUAUACACUCGGCUUAUUUGACACAGCAGGUCAGGAGGAUUACGACAGGCUGCGUCCGCUCAGCUAUCCACAGACAGAUGUGUUCCUUGUAUGUUUCUCCGUCGUCUCCCCCUCAUCAUUUGAAAACGUCAAAGAGAAGUGGGUUCCUGAGAUUUCUCACCACUGCCCACGCACACCCUUCCUGUUAGUGGGCACACAGGUGGAUCUGCGAGAAGACAGCAACACGAUCGAGAAGCUGGCGAAGAACAAACAGCGUCCCCUAUAUCCUGAGAGCGGAGAGAAGCUGGCUCGUGAGCUUAAGGCCGUCAAAUACGUGGAGUGCUCUGCUCUGACACAGCGAGGGCUUAAGAAUGUGUUUGACGAGGCCAUCCUGGCGGCCCUGGAGCCUCCCGAGACCAAAACCAAGAGAAAGUGCGUCCUGCUAUAGAUGAACAACGACGGCGAGAGAUGUUAACGGUGUAAGAAAUAGGUGUGGUGAAUCAAAACAUCAGAAAGAUCAAUGGCCAUUAUGAAAAAAAGGACCAAACAAAAGGGGAAGGGAGGUACAAUGCCAUUGAGACUUAUUCUAAAACACGUGUACACUGAUUGUGCCUUCAAAAUAAACUUUGAAAGAGGCUGAGGGAGCAAAACUUCAGCAUGCAGUAAAUGCAGCAAGUGUCACCUAUCUCCUUUUCUGAAAGCUUUUAUAAAUUGCAGUGUUCUCUCUCCAAAUAUUCAGGUGGGGCGGGCCCCCCCCUGCCUGUCACUGUCGCUCCUUUUUUUCUUUUUAAAGAAAGAUUCUUUUAUAUAGUUGCCUUUGACCUCCUCUGCGCUUUACUUACCGUGGCCUAUUGGGGCUUUUAAACCCAGUGCACUGGGGAAAUAUAAAUGGGGAAACACUUUUAACAUUAAGUUUUUUUAGAGAGCUUUGGUUAAUACAUUUAAAGGGGCAACUUAAUGUUAAGUGGUACUCUAUUUGCUUUCUUUUGGAUUGCACAAUGAAAGCAUGAGAGAUUUAUCGUCACUCCAAACAAAGAUAGAUUUCUCUAAAGGUCCAAAUCUCCGAGACUUCUGCAGGCCAAGUGCAUUUUCAUCAUUUUCCCCUCUUCAGUUGAAUUAUGAAUUUCUAUUUUAUUCUUCUUUUAUGUAUAUUGUAUUAAUUCUGUGACUCUGUUUUGGGAAAUUUUUAGCAGUUGUUCAUUUUGAAACUUGAGUUUUUAUUUUAUCAAGAUCUUUUUUUUUGUAUUAUUGCUAGACUACCAACUUUGAGCGAUUGAUAAUAUAACAAAUUAAGUUGUAAUGUUUUGAAUAGAUCUUAAUCUCGAUGGAGAUUGAGAUGAUAACAUUUGCUAGUUAAUUUCUGGGUGUUUGUAAUCACAGGAUAUUUUUAAUAAAACGGUUUAAUGACAUG